CUCCAUUGGAGAUGCUCUAAUACUAUUUUGAUUUGUUUUAAAACACACAAAUUAUUAAAAUGGCAUUUUUCCAGUCAUUAGUGGAAACUAAGAAUUUUCUAUUUAAUGGGCCCUUAAUUAACUUUUGAGCCCAAUUUAAAAAAAGGCCCAGCCCGAUAAUAUAUGCCCUAAUUUUCGUCACUAUAAAAAUCUCACUUUCUUCAAAUUCCAAUUUCAUCAGAGUCAGAACCCUAACAAUGCAGAUCUUCGUGAAAACCCUAACAGGGAAGACUAUAACCCUAGAGGUUGAGUCUUCUGACACCAUCGACAAUGUCAAGGCUAAGAUCCAGGACAAGGAAGGCAUCCCACCAGACCAGCAACGUCUCAUCUUCGCCGGAAAGCAGCUAGAGGACGGCCGAACCCUAGCCGAUUACAACAUCCAAAAGGAGUCGACUCUUCACUUGGUGCUCAGACUUAGAGGAGGAGCCAAAAAGAGGAAGAAGAAGACCUAUACCAAGCCAAAGAAGAUCAAACAUAAGAAGAAGAAGGUUAAGCUCGCUCUUCUCCAGUUCUACAAGGUUGAUGAUUCUGGUAAGGUGCAGCGACUGAGGAAGGAGUGUCCCAACGCUGAGUGCGGUGCCGGAACUUUCAUGGCUAACCACUUCGACCGACAUUACUGCGGCAAGUGUGGUUUGACCUAUGUGUAUCAGAAGGCCGGCGGCGAUUAGGUUCUGUUUUUUUUUUUGAAUUUAAUUAAAAAAAUGGAUUUUAUUUUGAGAGUUGGUAUUGUUUGAUGACUACUUAAUUUUGCUAAAUGCUUAUGUUUACUGUUUUUGAAGAUUGGUUUUUUAUAUCAUUUGAAUUAUGCUUA